UUUUCUGAGCUAUGGAACUAUUGCUGUUGAAUAUUUGUAUUCUAUUGACCAUUUGGUUAAAUUUUAUACCUUUAAUAGCAUUCUGUGAUGCCCAGUCACCAAAUAUUAGAUUAAUAGGCGGAACGUCUGAUACAGAGGGAAGAGUGGAAGUAUUUUAUAAUAGUUAUUGGGGAACGGUGUGCGAUGACAACUUUGAUGACAAAGAGGCCGCCGUCGUCUGUCAUAUGCUCGGAUUCAGCAGGGCAAAUGCGAAAGCUAAGGGGUCAGCCUUUUUUGGAGAAGGAUCUGGACACAUUUGGAUGGAUGAGCUGCGUUGUACGGAUUCGGAUACAGAUUUGUUUCAAUGCCCCCAAAACUCGCGUGGCUCCCACAACUGUGUACACGGAGAGGAUGCCGGCGUCGUCUGCCAAGUGCUUUCUGAAGGAUCAGAUAUAAGGCUUGCGGGCGGAUCCAGUGCUUUGGAGGGUCGGGUGGAGAUUUUUUAUAACGGUGAAUGGGGUACUGUGUGCGAUGACUCCUGGGAUAAUAACGAUGCAGCAGUCGUCUGCUUCAUGCUGGGAUUUUCAAGGGAAAACGCCACAGCAAAAACAUCAGCAUACUUUGGGCAAGGUAAUAGCCAGAUGAGGAUUUGGACAGAUGAUGUUAAAUGCCAAGGAGAUGAAAGAGAUUUAUUUCAUUGUAACAAGUCGAGGAUGGGUACACACAAUUGUGGACAUUCAGAGGAUGCUGGAGUAGUUUGUUCUUUAGAUGGAGCUGUGCGACUAGUCGGUGGGAAAACGUCUUUAGAAGGUCGAGUUGAAAUACAUCAUGAAGGUUCGUGGGGAACAAUCUGCGAUGACGGAUGGGAUAAUGAGGAUGCAGCAGUGAUCUGCUCAAUGCUAGGAUUUUCGAGGAACAAUUCUAUUGCAAAAGGCGGGGGAUCGUUUCCUAAUGGUGUGGGUCCAAUAUUGCUUGAUGAUGUCGGUUGCACAGGAAGUGAACGGUUCAUUUCACAAUGUCGGCACAGUGGCUGGAAUACACAUAACUGUCAGCAUAGUGAGGACGCCGGGGUGUCUUGUGAGUUUAAGGAAAGCAGUAUAAGCGGUUGUGGAACUGCGGAUAUUUUGAUAUUAAUGGACGACAGUGGCAGUGUCGGAUCGGAUAAUUUUAUCAAAAUGAAAUCUUUCGUGAAAGACAUCAUUACGGGUCUAUAUUCAAAGCUAUUUAGAUUUGGUGUGAUUACAUUCAGUGGAACUGUAACUAAGAAGUUCGGGUUUGCCGAUUAUGUUCACCUCCCGGGCAUUUUAUCUGCUGUGGACAAUAUUGCUUUUAGAUCUGGAGGCUCCACACAGACCGAUGAUGCUCUCAGAUAUGUUAGACAAUCGAUAUUUAACGUCAGGCGGCCAGAUGCUGCUAAUAUUGUCAUUCUAUGCACGGAUGGAAAAUCUACCGAUUCCGAUGAAACAAAGCAUCAAGCAGCUCAACUUCGCAGUCAUGAAGUAAGAAUAUUUGCAAUCGGCGUAGGCACUGGUCCAGACACAGAGGAACUUAAGGCAAUUGCUUCUUUUCCCAGCAAUGAACAUGUGUUCCAAGUUUCUUCUUUUUCAGCCCUUCCACAAAUUCAGAAUGCACUGCAAAAUAGGACAUGCCAAGCAUCUGUCGAUGGGGGGUUCAGUGAAUGGUCAUCAUGGGCACAAUGCAGUAAGAGUUGUGGAACAGGAAUGAAAACAAGAAGUCGAAGUUGCACUAACCCAGUGCCAGCCGACAAUGGCCGAAAUUGUUCAGGGUCUUCCUGGGAAAAUGUAAAUUGCACGAUAGCUGAUUGCCCUGUCGAUACAGAAUGGAGUGAUUGGACGGCUUGGGGAGAUUGCAGUGUAUCAUGUGGAAGUGGUUAUCAACAAAGAAGUAGAAACUGUACAAAUCCGAGACCACAGAAUAGUGGGCUUAACUGUCUAGGAACAAUUGCAGAGACACAAACAUGUAAUCCUAGUCCCUGUCCUAUUAAUGGUGGUUUUAGUUCAUGGAAUAAUUGGAGUUCAUGCUCAAAAUCUUGCGGACUGGGGUUAAAAGCUAGAAGACGUUCAUGUUCAAACCCUGCUCCCCAGUAUAACGGAAGAAACUGCACCGGGGCUUUUGAGGAGACUUUGAACUGUUUCAUAUUACUUUGUUCUAUAGAUGGAGGUUGGGGUUCAUGGUCGACGUGGACACAGUGUAAUAUGUCAUGUGGAGGAGGAGUGCGUGUAAGGGGAAGAAAGUGUGAUACACCUUUUCCGCGCUACGGAGGACAACCUUGUUCUGGAGAUGAUCGGGAGGCAGAAGACUGCAAUACUAAUGCAUGUUCAAUGGACGCUGGGUUUAGUCAAUGGGGUGACUGGAGUUCUUGUUCACAAACAUGCAGCUUGGGACAGAGGACUAGGAGUCGCACGUGUAUUAGUCUAUUCUCGAGUUACAAUGGAACGAUCUGUAGUGGUUUUUACAAUGAGACGGAAGAAUGUCUCAUUACUAAAUGCCCUGUUGAUGUCGAGUGGGCUGUUUGGAGUUCCUGGACUCAUUGUAAUGUUUCUUGUGGAGGAGGAAUUCGUGAAAGAGACAGACUUUGCAAUAAUUCCGUAGCAAGAAAUGGAGAGCGACCUUGUGAAGAUAAACAAAGUAUAGAUUGUAAUACAAAUCCGUGUCCAAUAGAUGGUGAAUUUGGCGUGUGGGGUAGAUGGAGUUCAUGUUCACAAAUGUGUAAUGGUGGAUAUAGGACAAGAAACAGGAAUUGCACAGACCCCACGCCAAUGUUUGGUGGAUCCAAUUGUUCCGGUAUAUGGGAAGAAACCCAAGCAUGUAAUGACCAUAACUGUCCAGUUCACGGGGGCUUCAGCGACUGGACACAAUGGUCUGACUGCAGUGAGACAUGUGGAUCUGGAAAAAGGCAAAGAUACAGGGAUUGUAAUAAUCCAGUACCAGCUUAUGGGGGUAGAAUGUGUUCUGGCGAGUUUAUAGAAGAAGAUGAUUGCAAAGUUGUAAACUGCCCAAUAAACGGGGGAUUCUCACAUUGGGGUACAUGGUCAGUAUGCUCAAAGACAUGUGGAGAAGGAUUGAUGUUCAGACAGCGAUAUUGUGAUGACCCAGUUCCAGCUUACGAUGGACUUAACUGCUCAGGAAACUUUGUCGAAUAUGUCUUAUGUCACACUAGUCCUUGCCUAGUGCAUGGACAGUUCGGAUCGUGGGAAGAAUGGUCUUCUUGUUCCAGUACAUGUCUUGGUGGAACUCAAAGCAGAGUGAGAAAAUGUUAUCACUCAUAUCCGUGCAAUGGAGAUCAUAACUGUACGUGUGUUUUUUCUGAAAGCAAAAGCUGUAAUUCGUAUAAAUGUCCAAUUGACGGCAAAUUUGGUGAAUGGGCCAGUUGGACAGAUUGUACAGUAAGUUGCGGAGGAGGGAAAAAAACUCGAACUAGGUUAUGUGAUUCUCCAAGACAGUUAUUUGGUGGUAGAAAUUGCAGUGGAAAUUUCUCUGAGGAAAUAGAAUGUAAAACCUUUCCUUGUCCAAUUGAUGGCUAUUUUGGUGAAUGGGAAGCUUGGACUCCUUGUUCUCGUACAUGUGGAGGUGGGAUACAUACAAGAAAUCGGGUUUGUUUUGAUCCAGAACAUGGAGGUCGUGCUUGUACCGGACAUUUUACAGAAUCUUUAAAUUGCAAUACCCAGAACUGCCCCAUUGACGGUGAAUUUAGUGAAUGGGAAACAUGGACAUACUGCACUCAAAGUUGUGGAAGAGGGAUUAAGAAAAGAUCAAGACAUUGUAAUAUGCCAAAACCAAUGUAUGGCGGAAAAAACUGCAGUGGAGUGUAUACUGAAGAGAAUAUUUGUAACACAUUUUUCUGUCCGAUAGAUGGGUACUUCUCUGAAUGGAGUGAAUGGUCAAUCUGUUCUUCUAGUUGCAACGUAGGAUCUAAAAACAGAACACGCACUUGUUCUAGUCCAUCUCCUAGAUACGGUGGGAAACCCUGCCAGGGUCUCAGCACCGAAUAUGGUGUCUGCAACACUCAUCAAUGUCCUAUUGAUGGUGGAUUCUCAGAAUGGGGAAUUUGGACACCUUGCACAGUUACAUGUGGCAGAGGUUUAUCUACUAGAAAGCGCUUCUGUGCAAACCCAAGGCCUCAUUAUGGUGGCAAAAAUUGCUCUGGUUUAUACAGUGAAUCACAGUUGUGCAUAGAGAAUCAAUGUCCCAUUGAUGGUGGUUUCAAUGAAUGGAAUUUGUGGUCGGAAUGUUCCACAUCAUGUGGCGGAGGGUUAAAAGUGAGGAGAAGAACAUGCAGUAACCCUUCUCCACAGUACGGAGGUGUAAACUGCACAGGUCAGCAUGAACAUGCGGAAAAUUGCAACAUAUUACCUUGUCCAGUGGAUGGUGGAUUUGGAAAUUGGGAAUCCUGGUCUGUCUGCUCUUCAAGUUGCGGAGGAGGCACCAAACGAAGAGAGAGACAAUGUAAUUCACCAUUACCUUCGCAUGGUGGGAAAAACUGUAGCGGCAACUUUUCUCAGUCACUGCAGUGUAAUGAAUUUUCUUGUCCUAUAGACGGUGGGUUUACUGAAUGGAGCAUUUGGUCUCAAUGUUCGCAAAGUUGUGGAGGAGGUGUGAAAACGCGUGCAAGAAAAUGUAAUAAUCCACCCCCACAAUAUGGUGGAAAGGCAUGUUAUGGUAACUUUUUCGAUUAUCUGAAUUGUAACAUUAAUCAUUGUCCUGUUGAAGGAGGAUUUUCACCUUGGGGUGCUUGGUCAGAAUGUUCGGUCACAUGCGGGGGAGGGACUUCACUCCGUAAGAGAUUCUGUUUGAAUCCAGCUCCGCAAUACGAAGGUAAACUAUGUUCGGGAUCAUCGAAUGAAACAAGAGUGUGCAACAUAGAAAGCUGCUCAAGUACAAACAUACGGGAAACCGAAGACGGGCUACAUCCUUGCCCUGAGGGGCUGUUCAGAUGCCCUGAUUCGUCGUGUAAAACAAGCCAACUUGACUGUUAGUCCACUAAAGUUGGUUUUAAUGUAGAAAAAAUACUGCCUUACUGUUAUGUAUCUAGGGUUUUAAUACUUCGUAAAUAUGGCUAACAUACCUAACCUACAAGUUGUUUUAUGUGAAAAAAAAUCUUAACACAAAAAUUGGUGUUGUUAUAUGUUAAACAACUAUUCUUUUAAAUUUGAUUUUGUUUGUUUGAAAAUAAAAUGACACAGUUUUUA